CAAGUCCUCGGUCGAUGAUCCUGAUAUGUUCGGUCUGUGCUUUCAAGGGUUGGCUUCCUUCACUGAAGCAGUGAUGCAUUUCUAGUAGUCUAUCUGGCAAAGUAGAAUUUUUCUUCACGUUUGCACCUCCAUUUUCGAUACACGCUUUCUCUCUCCUUGUGAUUCCGGACAAGAUGGUGCAUUAUAUCGAUGGCAAGGAUGUCAUGAUCUCGGAAUGGAUUCUCCUUGCUCUGGCCUACGUGUUUGUCGCCGCACGCAUCUACACGCGCCUUUUUCGUCUUCGCCAGAAGCUGGACUGGUCCGAUUACCUUUUGAUCGCGUCAGCGCUCGAUGCGCUAGGUCUCAUCAUUUGCGACACCCUCACGUACCAGAUGGGCGUGCUGGACGACUACGAGACUAGUGUGAGACUGUCAAAAAUAUCGUUCGCAUCCAAUUACUUCUACGACUUUGGUAUGGGUUUCCCCAAACUCAGUAUGCUGGCCUUCUACUGGGCGUACUUCAACUUAUCCGCUCAUCCUGGUAUGCGCAAGAUGCUAUACGGCAUGACUGGCUUUGUCGUCGCUUGCUACCUCACUAUCCUAUUUGACGAUACGUUCUUCUGCGGCGGAGAUGUCUCUGUGCAAUGGAGUCAGGAAGAUGGCGCAUGCUCCGUGUUCUACGCGCCGGAACCCUUCAUUCUCAACUUCACGCUCAAUCUAGCUUGUUAUCUGGUAGUCUACGCCAUCCCGGCAAUACUUUUGGCACGAGGCGUACUCCAGAGCUCGAGUGGCGUCACACUUACUUUCGCGCUCGGUGCCCUCACGAUCAUUUCUGGCAUUGUGCGCUUUGUUUGCCUGAAAGUAGGAACUGGUCAGGAGAACCUUGUCUACCCUUUGAGCAUGGUCGAAAUGGCACUCUCCAUAAUUGUCGUUUCGCUGCCCGGACUGAAGCCUCUCCUUGAUAGCUCAAAAACCAGCAGAAAUGCCUCGACAGUUGAGGAUCAGCAGUACCCAGAACAGUUCAAAACUGCCGUGGCUUAGGGUAUGCAAGAAUCCGUAUUGUCG